UGCCCAAUGGUGUCUACAUCUUGCAGAAGAAUAAUUUCUCACCACCAUAUAAGGUAUAUUGCCACAUGACAGAUAUCCCAGGAUGUGGGGUUGGAGGUUGGACGCUAGUGAUGAAGCUUAAUGGGACUAAGACAAACAAAGAGACAUACGCAGCACAAGAUGGUCUGGAAGGAUUGACAGAGAAAGAAAGCAAGUUGGCUUCGUAUUGGAAUACUCCGUUCACAAAGAUUUGCCUGGGUAUGACUUAUAACGGAGACAGAAAAUGGAUGAGCUUCAAAUACACCGGAACUUCGCUGUACACUGUGAUCGAAGACGGCCAGUUUAGGGCAACGGGGGCUGGUAGAGCAGCAUGGAAAUCUCUGAUCGCCAACUCGUCACUUCAGAGAAACUGCAACAGAGAAGGGUUUAACAUAUACCUACGUUUUAGAAUACGAAUUGGACUCGUAGCCAAUAACGAGGAAGGUUGUAACUCAUGUGAUUCAUGGCUUGGCUAUGGAGCAAUGGACUCUGGAAGUGGAAAUGUUGCUAGGUUCUACGCCGAUAACGGUGAUAAAAAUUUGGCGACGUUUGGAUACAUUCUUGUUCAAUAA